AUGUCUUCCACAAACAACCCCCUAACAACAUCCAUCACCACCACCGAAGCCGAACAAAUCGCCUCUCUGCACCUCAUAGCAGACAGCAUCGCCCAGCAGCGCCAACUCGCCGCCCGCUCCAUGCUCACCCACCCGGCCAUGCUCUCCUGCCUUACCUUCUCCCUCGUCAUAACCUACUUCUUCACUCGCGCACUCAGCACCAACACCACCGGAGGAGACAAUACCUGGCCCUUCCUGCUACUGAUCACCUGGCCCGCCUGCAUCAUGGUGUAUCUCCUCGCCGCGGCACACACGACACACCCGUACCUCGAGAAAGCAGGCCGUACGGGGACCUGGGUGUGGUUAUGGAGGGGAGGGACGAGGUAUAAGCAUCGGCGGAGAGAGCGAUCACCUUCACCAUCUCGAUCGUUGUCUUCUACAUCUAAAGUGGGAGAUGAUGCCCGCGUGCGGAACGAUCACCACAAUGCAGAAAAACACGAAGAAGACGAGAAGAAAGAAGGAGAUAUUAUGCUCGUAACGAAAUACCAAAACCGGGUGAUCGGCACGCUCGUCCUGCGGAUCAUAUACACAGAGGAAGAACUCUGGGGCCAUGUGCGGGAUGCGGUGGUACGGGAACAGCUUUACCAUGUCAUCCGAGCAUGGACUGUGCAGCAACAUCUUCGGGGGAUCGGGGUGGGGAGGAAUCUAUUGGAGAAUGCGGUUCGGAUUUGUCGGGAACGGGGGGUGAAAGGGCCUGUGUUUUCGGAUUGUCAUGCGAAUGAGGUGCUCGGGUUGCCGGUGGUGUGUAAUGGGGAGUUGGUGAGGAGGGAGAGGUGGGCGAGGGAGGUGUUGGAGAGGGUGAAGAGGGAGGUUGAUGAUGCAGUGAGCCAAAAAAUCAAAAUGUCCACCACAACCGCCACAGCCACCACCUCCGCCAGCACCUGCACCUCCACAGGCAACCUGUACGUCCUCCCCGUGCAAGAUGCCGCCUGCGCGCUCCCCAACACCAACAACGCGAGCGCCAUCAUGGACAAAUGCUGUUCGCCCGCCAGCCCAACCAAGUACGACAACGACUGCGGAAUCUACUGUCUGGCCCAAGGUCAAGACGUGAAGGAGCUUCUCUCCUGCAUUCAGUCCAACGGGGCGGUCGAGGACCCCUUCUGCUCCGGUAACUUGACUGCGACGGCGACGGCGAGCGUGACGGGCACGAAGGCUACGGGGUCUUCUACGAAGACGGGGACGAGUACGGGCAGUGCGGCGAGUGAGACGGGGUCGUCUGCCGCUGUGCCGAUGAAGCAGGUUGGGGUUAGUAAGGUUGGGUUGGGCAUGUUGGGGAUGGUGCUGUGUGGGGCUGUUUUGGGGGGGUUUUAA